AUGGCUUCGACCUCAGUUCCAGUCGCACAGGACGUGCUUGUCCCUGAAACUCUUCUCAAAAAGCGAAAGGUCAAUGAAAAGACCCGAGAAGAGAAGAUCGCCAAGUCUAUCGAGGCUCGCAAGGCUCGAAAGGCUCAACGCCAAGUUGUCUUCAAACGUGCUGAACAGUAUGUCAACGAGUACCGACGUGCUGAGCGUGAACAAAUCCGACUUCGCCGUGUUGCCAAGGCUGCUGGUGACUUUUACGUACCAGCGGAGCCUAAGGUCUACUUCGUUGUCAGGCUGAGGGGUAUUAACAAGCUUGCUCCUAAGCCACGAAAGACUCUUCAACUUCUUCGAUUGUUGCAAAUCAACAAUGGUGUCUUCCUUAAAGUCACCCGUGCUACCACACAGAUGCUUCAACUCAUUGAGCCAUAUGUUACUUACGGAGAACCUAACCUCAAGACUGUUCGGGAGUUGAUCUACAAGCGUGGUUACGGAAAGAUCCACAAGCAACGUAUUCCUUUGUCCGACAAUGCUCUCAUUGAAGAACACUUGGGCAAAUACGGAAUCAUCUCCAUUGAAGAUAUCGUUCAUGAGAUCAUCACCGUUGGUCCUAACUUUAAACAAGUUAACAACUUCCUUUGGCCAUUCAAACUCAGUAACCCAACCUCUGGAUUCAAGCCCAGGAAAUUCAAGGCAUUCAUUGAAGGUGGUGAAACCUGUAUCUCAAUCUAUGCUUCCAUGUCUAAUAAGAGUACUAGUGACCCAUUGAGCAACAACCCUUGA